UUUAAUUGCGAGCAUAAUUCAAGGUGGUAAUGCGCAUAUUGUUGCUUCUGCGCUGGCCUUAUCAUUUUUUUAUUGCUAUAUUUUUUAUUCUUUCACCAGCAGACAACAGCUGAGGAUCACUCUCACGGGGAGAAAGUAGAAACCUUGACAGUGCUUUUGUUACGCGCGGAAUUGUUUGACAUUUGGAGAAUUUCUUCUCGAGUCUAUCACAUUCUUCAAAUAUUUAUUGAAGUGUUUCUUCGUCUAUUUAUAUUUUGUUGCUUCAAGUAGCAAAAUAUUGCCAUGUGGGCGAAAGUGUGUCUUGUAGGACCUAAAGGAGUUGGAAAAAGUACGAUGGCAUCAAAAUUUGAUAAGAAUGCUUUUUCCAAGUUGUUGAAGGGAACAGCUAUUUCAAAUUUUAACAUGGUCAUUGGAAACUAUAAAAUAGACCUUCAGAUCUGGGAUACGUGCGGAGAGGAUCGUUUCAGAUGUAUGGGUCCCAUCUUUUACAAAGCUACCAGAGCAGCUAUGUGCAUGUUCGACAUUGCAUCAAAGCAGUCUUUUCUUGACCUACAGGCAUGGGUUGUAAGUGUCCAGCAAAAUGCCAAUGAUGAGUGCAUAUUUGUGUUACUGGGCAAUAAGAAAGACUUAGCAGAUGACAGAGCUGUUACGGAAAAAGAAGCACUGAAAUAUGCUGAAUCCAUCGGAGCAACUUAUUUUGAAAUUUGCGCCACAACUGGUGAAGGUGUGAAUGAAGUUUUCCAACAUAUAGCGACAUCUUUACUUCAUCAGAACGACUGCUAUAAUAGUUAUCAUGCCAAAUUAGCCAUCACAUCAAGCGGUAUAGGAUUUUGUGGUCACACGGAAGGAAGGAAGUUAAAGAAGAAGCUAAAAUCAGAGAAGAGCCCUAGCUGUUUCCCGUGCCUGCUUCUUGGUUGAAUUAUUUCACUGAGCAAGUUACUAUUAGAAUCAUCCACAUAUCUGAACUAUUGGACCUCCAUAACACGAUCACAAUUUUCAUUGGAUCAUCUUCUCACGCUUCAUUUUUGCUCGUAUUCGUGGACAUCUUCCAUUUGAUAUUUUGGAUUUGAUAUAUCUACAAUACGGAAAAACGAUUCUGUUCAUUUUAAAUUGAUCAGAGAAGGACAAUUGCCGAAUCUCCACGUUUGGAAACUAACUAAGAAUGUUUCUCGCACCCUUCUUUGAAGCAAACUUCGCAACUGCUGUUUUUGAACGAGAAUAUGCGUUCGACGCAGAAUUGUUUAAACAUACGUAUAUUUCCUCCCUAAACCAGAGACGAGGAAUGCAAAAUUAAUUACAUAGAGAAUUCUACUUUAAUUUAUUCUCAUUGCGAUAAUACUCGGGAUUUACUCAUGAAAAGUAGUUGAAUGCAGUUUCUUAAAAUGCAGAGUUAAUCGAGCGAUAUAAAGUAGAUUCAGGAAGUUUUUAUACUUUUGUUGCGUAUGUUACGAUGUGAAAUUGUUGUUAAUAUUAGUUUGAAUUUCAGACAAUGAUCUUACCUUUUAAAGCGCAUUUUUAAUUUUGUUUCCUCAUCACCAUUAUUUUCUAUCCGAGUAUAUGAAUAUUUUAUCAAUUUUAUUACAAUGUUUGUAUUUUAUUAUAUGUAUUUACUUAUUACAUUUUUAUAACAUAGAAUGAAAACAGCAUUGUUUUCCCAUUAUCAAAAUUAUAUACCCAAACAAUUCUGAGUUUAGAUGAAAUUCUCACUUUCCAGUGUGAAGCGAAUUUGUACUUACGUAUCCCUUCAGCCAAAUUUAGCAAUAUUUCGGAAGGCAGCUUUCCAAAAAUUAAAGCUUGAGUGUAGUAAAUUUUACCUCAUCAGAGUUUUAGAUAAUUUUGAGUGUAUUAUUUUAUAAAACCUUGGAACGAUUUAAUCAUUUAUAAAAAUAUAAAAUUUAAAUGUAAAUAAGGUUAUAAAGUAUUCAUUAGUUUGAUUAGUUACUAAAUAUAGUUUUGUAUAUGCAUGACAAACGCUGAGCAAUAAAAGUACUUAAAAUUUUCAUUAAGUUCAAGACAUAGAAAUUAGCCUUUUUUGCAUAAAAUUAGUUAAUUUUUAUGAAUUCUUGAAUAUUACUGAAUGUAUUUUAUUUGUUGUAAUGUAUUAAAGCAAAAAAUAUAAAUUUAUUAAGCAAAUGAAAUUUCAAAUGUAUGUAGUUGAAAAAAAAAAUACUGUAGAAUUUUUUACUUCUGUAGAAGUAAAAAAUUGUUUAUUGUAAGUACGUAAUAGUAUAACAGUUACGUACGCAUUAUUGUAAGAAUCAUUAAUGUGUACAAAAAUGUGAAUAAACCAAUUCUUUAAUAAAUUA